UCUUCUACACAUGCGCAAGAUCGAAAAGGCCAUCUUUCUCGCCCUACGCCGCCAACAUGGUUUUCAGGCGUUUUGUGGAGGUUGGCCGGGUGGCCUACGUCUCCUUUGGGCCUCAUGCUGGAAAGCUGGUUGCAAUUGUAGAUGUUAUUGAUCAGAACAGGGCUUUGGUUGAUGGACCUUGCACUCAGGUAAGGAGACAGGCCAUGCCUUUCAAAUGUAUGCAGCUCACUGAUUUCAUCCUCAAGUUUCCUCACAGUGCCCGUCAGAAGUAUGUUCGGCAAGCCUGGCAGAAGGCAGAUAUCAAUACAAAAUGGGCAGCCACAAGAUGGGCCAAGAAGAUUGAAGCCAGAGAAAGGAAAGCCAAGAUGACUGAUUUUGAUCGUUAUAAAGUAAUGAAGGCAAAGAAAAUGAGGAACAGAAUAAUCAAGAAUGAAGUUAAGAAGCUUCAGAGGGCGGCUAUCCUGAAAGCUUCUCCCAAAAAGGCACCUGUUGCUAAGGCUGCAAUUGCAGCUGCAGCAGCAGCUGCUGCUGCUGCUAAAGCUAAAAUUCCAGCAAAAAAGGUAACUCCAGCAGGCAAGAAGGCUCCGGCCCAAAAGGCUCCUGCCCAGAAAGCCUCAGGCCAGAAGGCAGCAGCGCCGCCUCCAAAAGCUCAGAAGAGUCAGAAAGCUCCAGCCCAGAAAGCACCUGCUCCGAAGACAUCUGGCAAGAAAGCAUAAGAGGCUAUUAAAAAAGGAAUAAAGAUUCUUUUGACAUGUUGGCAAA